CAAAAAGAUUGAACGUUUGACGAUCGCACAACCAACACAGUUCAGACAUGAAGUUAGGCUAUUCAAAAUGUGUGAUUGCAGUGUUAUUGCUUUUCUGUCCAUUAUAUACACAAGCCAACUGUAAAUGUGAACAAAUUACAAGUUAUGUAAAUGGACGUCGAGUAUGUUCUUGUAAACCUGGCUAUGUAGUCAACAGCAACCAUCAUGAGAAGUGUCAAGACAUAGAUGAGUGCCAAGAUUCCAACGAAACGAUUUGUGCGCAAAUAUGUACCAACACUAUUGGAAGCUAUUUGUGUUCCUGCAAUCCAGGUUAUAAAAUAAGUAUCAGUGACCCAGCAAAGUGUGAAGACAUAGAUGAGUGCCAAGAUUCCAACGAAACGAUUUGUGAGCAGAUAUGUACCGACACUAUUGGAAGCUAUUUGUGUUCCUGCAAUCCAGGUUAUACCAUAAGUAGCAUAGACCGAGCAAAGUGUGAAGACAUUGAUGAAUGCAGCGGUACUUCGAGUCCAUGCGAGCAAGUAUGUACAAACACAAUAGGUGGCUACACCUGCUCUUGUGAACAAAUUGGAUAUAUCAUUGAUACAACAGAUAUCACACAAUGUAAACUUGAUGACCGGUUCUGUAACAUAGUUGCAGGCAGUAACACACUCUCGGGUACAAUAACUAGCCCCGGCUACCCGCAGAAUUACCCAUUUGAUUACAAUUGUCAUGUUAGCUUACCACCCAAACAACUCAUGAAGAUCACCAUCAGAUCCUACACUCUUAAGAAACCGUGUUGUAUUGUUCUUUCAGAGGUGUAA